AUGCUACAGAGCCCCCUGUGGGCCGGCAAGAUGCCACAGUGCCCUCUGCAGGCCAGCCACAUGUUACAGUGCCCCCUGUGGGCCAGCAACGUGUCACAGCGCCCCCUGUGGGCCAGCAACGUGCCACAGCGCCCCCUGAAGGCCAGCAACACUCCACAGAGCCCCCUGUGGCCCGGCAAGAUGCCACAGCGCCCCCUUCAGGCCAGCAACAUGCUACAGAGCCCCCUGCAACCAGCAACACGCCACAGCGCCCCCUCUUCCCAGCAGCUCUCCGAGCAGAAGCAGAAACCGAACAAGGAAGCAGCGCCCAGAAAAGGGGAAGAGGCGCCCGGGCCGGUGACUGUCCCUCCGGGGGGACAGAGCAGAGCAGCUGGGCGUGAUGGCGGCCUGGCGAUCCUCAGCCCUCCUGCUGCUCUGGAUUCCAGACAUUCUUCAGAUAUCCCUCAAGCGUACAUCAGAUACCUCUCAAGCACCCUCAGACACUCCACAGGCUGUGUGUCCCUGAGUGGCCCCGGCUCCGUGCAUGGCACCGUCAGGGGGUCCCUGAGCGUGCGGUGCACGUACGAGCAGGAAGAUGAAAACAACAGCAAAUACUGGUGCGAAUCUUCAUGUUGGACACGACUGAGUAAGGUUGUGGAGACGUCAGAGACACAGCGAGAAGCAAGAAAGGGCCGAGUGACCAUCAGGGACGACCCAGCAAGCCUCGCCUUCACCGUGACCUUGGAGAACCUCACGAAAGCCGACAAGGGCACGUACUGGUGUGGGGUCUCACGGCCUGGAGUCAAGGAUCCCCUGGUCCAGGUGGUGGUGUACGUGUCCCCAGCACCAGCGCCAAAGCCAACCCAGGACACAUACGACACAAGGACCCAGACCUCGCCAUGGGCCACCGAAAGGACCUCUGUGUGGUCCACUACGCUGACCGCAGGGAGCACCCCUCACAGUGCCCACGGCCAGGAUGGGUCCCAGCCGGCCCCGACAACUGGGGUCCCCGGGGCGCUGGUGUCUGCGUCUGUGCUGCUGCUGCUGCUGCUGCUGGCGGCCACCGCGCUGCUGGCCUGGAGGAUGGUCCGGCGGCAGGGCAGGGCUGCUAAGAAUCGGGUGCCAGGCCAGGAGCCCCACCAGGCUGUGGAGCGGAGCGAGCUUGAGCCCUGCUACGCCAACUUGGAGCUGAAGGUGCAGCCCCCCGGGGAGCAGCCCGAGCCCCUGGUGCCACCCGAGGUGGAGUACAGCAACGUGGAGAUCUCCAGAGGAGAGCUUCACUACAGCACCGUGAUGUUCGGUGCCCAGGGCCAGGCCUCUCAGGCCCACGGGGGCCCCCCCGAGACGCCCUCCGAGCCGGAGGUGGAAUACAGCGUGAUUCGGAAGAAGACCUAGGCUACCCGCACCUGCUACCCGGGACCCACAGGGCUGCCCCAUACCCGCCCCCCAGAGCCAACAGGGCGCCUGGCCCCAGAGCUCCGGGCCUCAUGGAGGACAAGCAGGCGGCAGCUCUGGGAGGGACUGUGGGGUCACCGGCUCUGGGCGACUUUCCUCUGUCCUCUGCUUGGUCCCAGCGUGGGGAGCAGAGGUGUGCGUGGGGUCACAGUGCUGAGUCCCACGUGUUUCCAGGGAAAGGUACAGCGAACAGGGUGGUGCCCUCGGUUAACUGUGCCACCGUGCCCCAUGGAAGCAUCUGGAAUGCUGGGAGAGGGGAGAAACUUCAGAACCAGGAGCUUGAAGCACUGUGGGCUGGGCAGGGCGCCCGCGGCCGGAGCGCGGGGACCUGUGGACUCAGGGUCCUUCUGCAGCAGGAGCCUUUAAAUAAAGUUUAAAGCUGGAGCAGGAAAAUGUUCCUUGAGCCACAGCUGCUUCCUGUUGCGGCCCUCAAGUAAGGGAAGGGCCUGCUUCUGUCCCCAGGGAAUAGGGAAGCGUAUGGGGCCCGUGGGGACAUCCUGAGAGGUGUCGCCGAUGGCUGCCUCUCCCCAUGCUGGCACACCACAGCUCUCUUGUCUGCAGAUGGCAAGCCUGAUGCCAUCGGCACCGCCCCCUCCCUUCUCUCUGCUGUCCUGGACAUUGUCCCAGCUCUUAACCAGGUUGGGCCUAUCUGGGGUAAACGACAG